GACUGGUUGAAUGAGCAGAUUAUAGCGAUAGAACUGGUUAUCCCCAUAAACUUCUUAUAGUCUCUGUCUUUCAUAGUUUUAUCAAUAAACUUAAACUUAUAAACACCCUUCAAGCUGAUAAACACGUCAUCCUCUAUCGGAGUUGUACUCUCCAUUUCUAUCUUUUAAAAGUAUAGCUCAGUUCUUUUGUAUUAAUGUGCAAUUUAAGCAAAACCGGCAGAUCUAAAUUCAGUAGUCAAACAAAUUUAAAAUGGUUACAGCUGUCUGAAUUCAACAAUGUCACUAGAAUAUGCCCUUUGUUCAAGCGUUUGUUGUCUCCAGCUUUAAUUUCUGCUGAAUCUUUCUCUUCUCGUUUAGUCCAAGUGAUUAAGUGGCCAGCCCAAGUUUGGGUUCUCCAAAUUGAGGCCUUCCACUUCAAAUAG